GUGAUGACGAAGAGAACGUCAUGCUUAUUGACAACCACGACGACGAAGAUAAUGAUACCAACAGUUUUAUUUUUCAUCGUAAUAAUGAGAGUGAUUUAUUUGUGGAUGAAACACAGGAGAAGUUUGCACAACUUAAAAUCAACAGAGAUGAAGAUAACAAAAAUUAUAAUAACCCGUUAGUUGAUUUUUUAGAAAGUAACCGGUAUGAUAGCACAGAAAAAGAAACCAAUUUAUCGCAAACACCAAUAAUCGAACAAAAUCAAACCUCUUACCAUUACAAUUCUCACGACCCAUACACUGGGCAAGACUUUCGUCAAACAGAACUACAUAAAAAGGACGCAACCGGAAAUUUUGCAGAGUUAUAUCACCAUUUCUAUACGAAAGAUGGUUUCGUACGGGAUCUCUCUGCAUUUGUGAAUCUCGAACAGCUCGUCAUUUUUCUAGAGCGUAAUAUUCACACAUUGGCAUCCGAAGUGACAGUGCUUCUUCCAUCGAUUAUUGAAUUAGUUGUGAAGUAUGUACCCGCAUUUGAAAUUGUGUUUGUAGAAAAUUAUAAUUUUAAUGGCAAUCAGUUUUAUGGAAUUAUUAACGUGGCGGAGUUGUUGAACGAUUUGGAUGCUGGGUUGGGUGUAAGAGGAGUUACGGGAGAACAAGAGGAGGAUGCAAGAGAAUUUUUGAAAUUAUUGGCGGAAGACGAUGAAGAACCAGAUGAGGAAGAUGAUACCGAAAUUUCUGAUUCAGAUUUUAGUGAGAAACGGACAACCACAUCUUCGACUACCACAAAAUCCAACAACAAUGAUAUUCGAGUAAAAGCAAAAGAUGGGGAACGUGAUGAACUAGAAAGUAACAUGAGCUUCAACAUUGAAUAUAACGCAGAUGUAAAUGAUGUUUCGGAUGUCGAAAGCAUCACAACUGAAGGUGGCGAGUGGCAUUAUGUAUAA